GUUUCCAUAGACAGUCCACGAGCCAGUAGGCACGUUUAAAAAAUAACCAAACAUUUCGUAGACUCAGAUUGGAGGGGCAGAAGAGACAGAGAGAUACCAUCCCCCACUCGCAGUUGAGUUCACGCGAUGCCACGUGCCUCCGCGAUUAGCGGCCGUGGCUCGCGUGGUAAUCCUUAAACUAAAUUUCAAACCCCUUGACCUUCACAUGGCCAACGUCAUUAGCCCUCCCUCUGCCUUCAUUACAUGUAAACACAGGGCAGCUUCCGCUUAAUUUGGUGCCUCACUAAUUUUAGCAGUGUUCCUCCAUUUCGGAUCACAGAAAACUCAGAGAGAGAGAGAGUGAAAUGCUUCACUGAGGAAGAGAGAUCUGAGAGAGGGAAGCUGCGAAGAGUUCUAUGUCUCGGCCUCCGAACUACGAGUUUCAGGAAUGGUGGAACAAGCAGAGAGAGAAGAACGAUGCCGGCGAUCUUUUUCUUGCCAAAUCCGAAAACCCUAGCUGGUUGACGGUCGAGAUCCGGAGCCCCGCCGCCGAUCGGACGGUCGGGAAGGAGCGAACGCGCAGCGCGCGCCAGCUCUACUGGGUCUGCCUCUUGAGAUUCCAGCAGCUAGCCGGUUAUCUGGCUUGGGUCACUAAUGGAUUCAUUUCCCUUCUCCGCACCGCGAACCGGCGGAUCAGUUCAUCCGAAGACGCGCCCGUGGUUUCGCGAUCCGAGUCGCGGUUGUAUCGAGCGAUUAAAGUGUUUUUGAUUCUUGUGUUGAUGUUGUUGUGCUUUGAGCUCCUAGCGUACUUCAAAGGAUGGCAUUUUAGUCCUCCGUCCGUGGGGUCAGCGGAGGUGCUUGGCUUCGUUGGGCUUGUCUAUGCAAAGUGGCUCGAGAUCAGGGCGAAUUAUUUGGCGCCGCCGUUGCAGAGUUUGACCAAUGUGUGUAUUGUUCUCUUCUUGAUUCAGUCGGUGGAUCGUGUAGUUUUGAUGCUCGGGUGCUUUUGGAUCAAGUUUCGGAGGAUAAAGCCCGUGGCUGUAAUGGAAUUUUCAGCUGACGUGGAGAACGAGAAUGCACAGGAUUACCCAAUGGUGCUGGUGCAGAUCCCAAUGUGCAAUGAGAAGGAGGUCUACCAACAAUCCAUUGCUGCAGUGUGUAUCCAAGAUUGGCCGAAGGAAAAAAUGCUUGUUCAAGUUCUGGAUGAUUCUGAUGAUUUGGACGUUCAACUCCUCAUCAAAGCAGAAGUUCAAAAAUGGCAGCAGAGGGGUGUACGCAUAUUGUAUAGGCAUCGUCUUAUACGCACAGGCUAUAAGGCAGGAAAUCUCAAAUCUGCUAUGAACUGCGAUUAUGUAAAGGACUAUGAAUUUGUUGCAAUAUUUGAUGCUGAUUUUCAACCGGGGCCUGAUUUCUUGAAGAAAACUAUUCCUUAUUUCAAGGGGAAUGAUGAUCUGGCAUUGGUUCAAACAAGAUGGGCCUUCGUAAAUAAGGAUGAAAACUUGCUUACGAGAUUGCAAAACAUAAACUUGUCCUUUCACUUUGAAGUUGAACAACAGGUCAAUGGUGUGUUCAUCAACUUUUUUGGUUUCAACGGAACUGCUGGUGUAUGGAGAAUCAAAGCACUUGAGGACUGUGGUGGGUGGUUGGAACGAACAACUGUUGAGGACAUGGAUGUUGCUGUUCGUGCUCACCUUUGUGGAUGGAAGUUCAUAUAUUUGGAUGAUGUUAAGUGCCUUUGUGAACUACCAGAAUCUUAUGAGGCAUACAAGAAACAGCAACACCGCUGGCAUUCGGGUCCAAUGCAAUUGUUUCGCUUGUGCUUCUUUGACAUACUUCAUUCAAAGGUGAGUUUAGCCAAGAAGGCCAAUUUGAUAUUUCUUUUCUUCCUCCUUCGGAAGCUUAUCCUCCCCUUCUAUUCAUUUACUCUGUUCUGCAUUAUUCUCCCUCUGACCAUGUUUCUACCAGAAGCUCAAUUACCGGCUUGGGUGGUCUGUUAUGUCCCUGGAAUCAUGUCCAUCUUGAAUAUCCUUCCAGCACCACGCUCAUUCCCAUUUAUAGUCCCGUACCUUCUCUUUGAAAACACUAUGUCUGUGACCAAAUUCAAUGCCAUGAUAUCAGGACUUUUUCGAUUCGGGAGUUCUUAUGAAUGGGUAGUUACAAAGAAAUUGGGAAGAUCAUCAGAGGCGGACCUAGUUGCCUUCGCUGAAAAAGAAUCUGAUCCUUUAGUGGAAAGUCCCAAUCUCCACAGGUCAUCUUCAGAAUCAGGCCUUGAUGAGCUGAACAAAUUAGAGAUGACAAAGAAAACUGGGAAAACUAAAAGAAAUCGUUUAUACAGGAAGGAACUUACUCUUGCAUUUAUUUUGUUAACUGCAUCAGUGAGAAGCUUGUUGUCGGCUCAGGGGAUUCACUUUUACUUCCUGUUGUUUCAAGGCAUUACUUUCCUGGUUGUUGGUCUUGAUUUGAUUGGAGAGCAGGUAAGCUAGCAAUGAGUAUUUCCAUCAUUGGCCAAGCACUUUCCCAGGAUUUCGAUGGGGAGAUGGAAGGUCACACCAAUGACUGCCUUGAAAUCAAUUUUGAAGCGUCAAUAAUCAGACCUUCGCUGUUCAUAUGUGCAAUUGGUGGUUCAUGACUUAUAUCUAAGCAAUUUAUUCUUUUUUGGCAAUGGUUGCUUCCCUCGUACGCGUACUCUUAUUUAUUUUACUCCUCAAGGAACAGAUUAUUACGUCCUUAUCAUUGCCCAGUCCAGUGCCUUGAUGCGAAGUUAGUCUUGAAGCGUCAACAGAGAUGUGACUGAGACCGCAGAUAACUGCUAGUGGUCAUCAGGCUUGCUUAUUUGGUGUAAUGCAGUGUACACGAGUUUGCCCAUGUCAAAUGACGCAAGUAUUGUUAGAUUAUUGAAUUUGUCAUCAUUUUAUUUCAUGUUAUUUUAUUUUUUGUUAUUGACAGAUUGUGUACAAUCACAUAGAUUUUGAUUUUUUGUUAAGUGUUGAAAAUUAAUUGUACUAAAAGAAACUAGUAGUCUGCUGAUCUACUAUUGCCCGAAUUUGUAAGUGAUCUUUACAUUUCUCCCAGUAAUAACAAAGUAGUCAAAAAAAGCCAUGGAUUUCCUGAA